GAUCAGAAAUGUCCUGUGUGAGAGAGGCCGGUUGAGUUGGGUCAAGGGGAGGGAUCCUGUGAGGAGUGGUGUGAAUAGUUGAUCUCUACCAGUACAGAGAGAUAGGCCAACAAGUGAUAUAUGUAAGAUUGGAUUUUUAGCAUUCAUAGCAAUGGUUAUCAACUGUACUGCAGGGAUGGAACGUAAGUCGCAGAAAAUUGAGAUUGUGGUGGCAGCUGCAAAGAGGUAUUUGAGUGUGCGAGACUUGACAUCAGAAGAGUUUUACAGGUUGUUGGUCUGAGAUAGGACUAAAUAGAUUUAAAGUGUUUUUAUUUAUUGAAGUAAUUUUUAUUUGUAUUAGUGUAGUGUUAAAUGGUAGGGUAUUUGUUUAAUUAUUUAUUUUUCAAGCAAAAUAAAAGGGCAGUCUAGUAGGUGGCGGUAAUGCAAUAUUUUUGGGACGCCAACCACAGUUAAACCUUAUCGACGACGAAGAAGAAGGAAGGAAACAGACAGUUUGUUGCAGGUUUCAUCGUUUACCGCUGAUGGAGCUAGCAGUGUUGUGGCGGGUGGUACUACAUGAUGAAUCUGGUCCGCAAACGCAACUCCAGCUCUCUCAAAGGUCGCCCUGACAAAUAUAUUAGGACAGAGAAACCACAGUCCAUAAGACCACCAGCAUCCCACAAUGCAUCAUCACCACUCACAACAGAGGCCAGUGCCAUUGUUACCACUUCCAAGGAGGAGAGAGGCCUGGAGGUCCAUGGGACUUCGUCGCCAUGGAGACGGUCUCCCAGGUUCAAGAGUCAAAGCCUGCUUGGCCAGGGUCCCAGCGUGGACCUUCUUGUUGCUGAGGGAUCUCCAGGUCAGGUAGCGAAUGAAGAGGAGGCUGUCCAGUGCAGCCCUGCACAGUGCCCCCCUCAGACAGAAGAGGAUACAGACACUGACCUGGUCAUCACUAUGGAUGAAAGGCAUGGCGGGGGACACAAGGGCAGCAGGAAGAAGGGAGGGGUUAAGAGGAAGAAGAGAGCUGCGGACAGAGAGGUGGGAGAAAGACAGCAAGAAGUGGCCGGUCCCGAGGUGGAGAUUGACAGAGAGCUGGACCGUGAGCUGGAGAACAAGUCCAGACAACAUAACCUUACCACCGCCAAUGUCCGCAACAUCAUUCACGAAGUGAUCACCAAUGAGCAUGUGGUGGCCAUGAUGAAAGCUGCCAUCAAUGAGACGGAGGCCGUGCCUGUCUUUGAGCCCAAGAUGACACGUUCCAAAUUCAAGGAGGUGGUAGAAAAAGGAGUGGUCAUUCCCACUUGGAACAUGUCCCCCAUCAAAAAGGUCAAUAAAGAGAAGGCACCACAGUUUGUGGACAUUCAAUUAGCGGAGGAAGACUCCUCUGAUGAAGAGUACUGCCCCGACGAAGAGGAGGAGGACGAGACAGCGGAAGAUACAUUUCAGGAAAGUGACAUGGAGAGCACGGCCUCGUCUCCAAGGGGAAUCAGAGGAGGCUUCCACAGGAAAAUACACACAGAGUGGGACGACGACAGGAGCUGCAGCCCCAUGCAGGUCAAUCAUAGCAGGUCCAGACACCUAAAGGUGGAGGUCGUCCCCAUGGGCCCUCCCCUUCCCCCCCAGCCCUCCUCCUCUGGCCCACAGGGAUUCUAUACCACCAGGGCCCCUCCAGAAUUCAGCUUCCUGGAGAAGCUUCAUGCCGUGGAGGAGGAGCUGGCCAUCGGCACAGUCUGCCUGGAGCCCUACCAGCCACCCCUGGCGGACGGUCUGAUGGCGUGUCGUACCCGCUCCAAAAGGCCCCUCCGGGACGUCCCCAUGGGCCAGCUGGAGGCAGAGCUCUGUGCCCCUGACAUCACGCCCGACAUGUACGGGUGUGACUCCGCCCCCGAGGACCCCGAGUGGACCCACUGGCUGCAGGGCAUCAUGACCUCUGACAUGUACAACGAUGAGGAAGGCGAUGAUGAUGAUGACGAUCCUGAGUAUAACUUCCUGGCGGAGAUCGACGAACCCGACGUGGAGGAUUACCGUAAUGACCGAGCCGUCCGCAUCACCAAAAAGGAAGUGAACCAGUUGAUGGAGGAGUUGUUUGAGACAUUCCAGGAUGAGCUGACUGCUCAGGAGCAAGAUGGGGAGGGACACGAGGAAGAGGAGGAGAGGGAGGAAGAGGCACCUGCCCUGGGGACACCCACAUUCAACACCCCGCCAGAUAUCCCGUUGGAGGACCCCAUGGCGGAGGUGACGGCAGGGCGCUACCGUACGGUGAAGGAGCAGCUGGACGCCAUCCGGCGUCGCCGGGCCCUGCUGGAGAGCCAGGGCCUGUUGGUCCCCAGGGCCCUCAUCACCAAGCCCCGGGAGCCCCCGCCUCCAUUCACCCCCACCCUCUCCCACCACCAGAGACUCCAGCUGCAGCAGCAAGUCCAGCAGCACGUCCAGCUCCUGACCCAGGUCCAUAUGUUAACCAGCCCAGUGGCUGCACUGCAGAGCGAAGCAGCCACCACCAAGCAGUUCCUGAUGGAGUUACAGAUGUUUGCCCAGCGUGGGGAGUUGACCCAGCGUGGGGAGUUGACCCAGGGCCCAGUGGAGACAUGCUUUACCAGUGUGUUCAGAGCCUGUAACCUACAGGGUGCACUGUCACUACUGGAGGAGCUCAGACUGUCCCCAAUCCCUUACCAGGAAGCCCCUAACGAGCCACGAACAUGCAGGAGAGUCCGGAAGCACCCGUCGAUGCCACCCCAGCUGGCAUGGCUGUUUGCCACACGGCCGGUGUUCCUGUACCCUGAGCUACUGCCCCAUGUCAGCCUGGACCCAGCCCUGCAUUCCGCUCGCUCAGUCAGCAUGUUCACCGCAGGAGAGGACUGCCUGAUCGUCCUGGGCCUGAGAAACCUGGGGGAGACCCUCCAGCCCAAGGAACUGCUGUGUCACUACCUGCUCCGCGCCAAGAGGGUCUCUCAGCUCCGUGACCACAUUAUGGAGAAGUGUAAACACACCCAUCCCAACAACGUCAUCAAGGCCUACCAGCUCCAGAAAGUGGUCCUUCCCAUGCCGGUGGCCUGUGACCGAGUGAAGCCGGGUGACCUGCGACCUUCAGUGGAGAGAGAGGAGAGAGCCAUGCCCGGAUGGCUGAGGAGAAGUUUGCCUUAUAUCUACGAGGCAAUCAGGGAACUCAACAGCUCGCCGGAUACAGAAGCCAUGUCGGCCUGUCAAUCAAAGAAAGCCCCACUCGUCACUCUUCUCUUCAGUUCCUCCAGAACUUUGGACUACAGCUUCCCUCCCGGGACUCGCUACCCGCCCCAACUCCCCGACAGCCUUUCAUUUCAGCGCUGCGGCUUCAGGCGCUGGCACCGUCCACCACCCUGUGACCUCUCACUGUCCCUGGCUGUAUCGCACAACGCCACCCAGAGUCUGGGAAGUAGAACUACAUCCUCUGAAAAUAAUUCCCAGACAGGUGCUGUGAUUCAGCAGUGCAUGGCCCACCACAAACUGCGGCCCAUCCAGCCUGCAACAUCCAAACCUCCUCUUCAGCAUCCCACCAAGCCUCAUCUGAAACGUCCCCUCAAGCCUCAACCCAAACCUUCCCAGAAGCCCCUGCACGUCAUCCUCAAUUUGCCUGCCCCAGUGCCCGCAGCUGUCCUUUGUCCUGCCCCAACUGCCAGGGUGUUGGCCUCCCGGUUGUCACAUUUCACUCCAUUGGCCAAAGACCUGGUUGCUCGGAAGUUCAGCACAUUCGCCAACCUCCGCAGGCUGCCCAGGCUGCUGCCAGCCCCUCCACCUAACAACAAGAUCCCUCUCCAAACAAACCUGAAUACCGUGGCCCCCAACAGUGGCGCAAACCUCCUUUUGUUGCCCCACAUGAGUAGUAGAACAGCAUCCACUGUUACCGAAACCCAAACCUCGGUCUCUACUACGACCCCUAUCGAACAAUUCAAGAAAAAAUCCUCCAGGAUGAGCCGGCGGCGGGUGACAAAGAAACCUAAAAGCAGCCUGAAGAGUCAGGGGAAGCCCCAGCCUUCAGCCUCCACGGAACCACCUGCCCUGGACCAGGCUCUGACCCCAUACGACUAUGUCACAGUUGUAAUGGAGGAAGAGGGGGUGGAUGAGAGGGAUGAGGAUGGAGGUGAUUAUGAUAUGCCCCUCCUGGCCCUGUCGGAGUCCUCUGCCAGCCCCCCGGGGAGCGUUGACUCCGUUGACCCCGCUGAGGAGUCAGAGGGGCAGGCAAUAACGCUGAACCUAUCGCCCGGGCCGUCGGACAUGGGGGACGGAGAGUGGGAGGGUGAAGAGGGAAGGGGAGACAGAGAUCAGGAGGAAGAGGAAGUGAUGUCACCAGCUUCUGAGGAGUCCACGUUGUCCGUGCCAGAGCUGCAGGAGACGAUGGAGAAACUGUCAUGGCUGGCGUCAGGGGGGAGGUCAGAGGACUUGGAAGAGGGUGAAAAAUCAGGCACAUCCUCAGAAUGCCAUAGUAGUAGCCCCAACCCUCCUAGCUCGAGGCACGAGCAGCAUCACACUGGAGUAGUCGGCAGCAAGGGGUUAUCCAAAAGCCUACCGAUCAUCUACGACCAUGACAACCUACUCGACAGCGACCCCCUGAGGGAGAAGAAGGAAAUAGGCUUCGCUCAGCAUUAUCUCAACAAGGUGUGCCAUGCCCUGCAGGAGGUGCCAGGGCGCGUGGAGGAGUUUCUGGAGGUACUCUAUGAGUUUGAGCAGGACGGAGAUGGGCACACCUCCGUGGAACUCUUCAUGAGGCUUAAACCUGUUCUGAACGAGUGGCCGGAGCUUCUCCGAGACUUUGCUGCCUUCCUCCAUCCCGAACAAGCCCAGGAGUGUGGACUGCUGUCAGAGCAGCAGGCGUUUGAGCGUAGCCGGCACUUCCUGCGACAACUGGAGCUGAGCUUUGGGGAAAACUCCUCCCACUACCGCAAGAUAGUGAGCGUCCUUCAAGGAGGCCCUACUCUCAGUCCUGCUGGAAUUAAGGAGGUGAAGGCCCAGAUAGCCAACCUUCUCCGAGGUCACACCCACCUGCAGGGUGAAUUCUGGGUGUUUUUCAACGAGCUCCACUUACGGCCCUCGCUGCAGUGUCAGACUGAGAACAGAGGCCGUGGUGAUGUGACCAACACAAUCUCCACUUCCCAGAAGUCAUCAGCGGCAAAUAAACCUAAGAGAUGCCAAGGCACUAAAACCCCAAAUGCCACACAAGUGAAGGAGAAAGAGGGGGAUCACUACACCCACCCGGAGUCCUCACUCUGUGCCAAAAACAUCUCACUUACACCCAGUGGAGAGAAAGUCAUCCUCUGGACCAGGGAGGCGGACCGUGCCAUCUUGACCGCCUGUCAGCAGAAGGGAGCAAAUAAAAUAACUUUUGAAGCCGUCUCCGCCCAACUUGGCAACAAGACAGCCAAUGAGGUUUGUGCCCGUUUCCAGGAUCUCAUGCACCUUUUCCGCUCCUCCACCGAGCGGGGGUACUCCGACGAGGAGGUCAGUGACACAGAGCCAACCAGCAGCAGAGAGCCAGACCCGGACUGAGCAGGACCCAACACCAGUGGAACAAUACCGUAAUAACACUUAGUCAGCAGGAUUGACAAACUGCAGUCUAAGCCACAGAAAAGGAGGAGAGUUUGACCAAUCUCUAAAAACUUGGUUGGCACUUGACUGUGCUUCCUCUGACUCAACACUACUGAAGGUGCAGAAAUAUGGGUAAGUCUCCCGUUGAUGGCGCAGAUGCAGGGGCCAUUAAGACAUGGCCAGGACUCGUUUCUGUGCUAGUAUGCAUAGACGAAGUACAAGGGUUCCAAAUGUGUUACUAUGUUCAGGCCAUGAGGUUCCUAGUGUUAUGAGGUUCUAAAAUGUGAAAUCCAACUCCUCUUGAAUGUAUGAAGGAGAACAGCGCAUAAGAUGUGCAAGAGGUCUUAGAGCUGUAUCCGGCUACAAGUAAUAUUGGAAGAGCUCCUGAGGGCCUUAGAAAUCACAAUUCAAAGAAACACAUUGCACAGUAAGAAUCAGUGUAGACUAGCACAAUCAUGUUGAAGUAAAUUCUGCUGAAAUGUAAAAAAAGGGAUGAAAAUGGACAAUUUAUUGCCAACUGUAGUGUUUUCAUUAUGACACGGAUUGACUGAUACUGGACAGUCAGAUGCUUUGCUGGUUGCUAGUGUGACUGUUUGAAUAAAGUGUACAUAAUUGUUUUA